CCGGUGAUUUGUGUCACCAUGUCCAAAUCAACUUUAUGAUUGAUGGGAAAGAAAGAAAGGAAGAAGGAAAGGAGCCAAAUCAACAGACCCAUCACAGAUCUGACUUGGCCGACUCGAUUAUAUUGCAUUCUGAUUAGAUUCAGCUGAAAGCUGGAUAAACAUUCCCCCACGGACAAAAGUCGAGAUACCUUUGAGACACUAUAGAAAAUUCAGUGACCAGUUGGUUAACAGACCGAAGAGCGAUGACCAAAACAGAAAAUGUCCCUCGAUGUGAUCUCGAUCUUCUUUGUCCUUUGCUCACUUCGAUUUCCCCGCUUGCCGGCCGGAGAGUCUUGCCGACGCCGAACUCCCUGCAAUUGAUCAAACGUAAAACAACAAAAUCUUUCUGUUGUUUCCCGUGUCUGACGUGGCACGAUCGACGGCCCCAAUGUUUUCCCCUUCUUUAAAAAGAAAAUUAAUCGGCGAUGAUCAGUGAUCUAAUCAGCGCAGUCCGUUUGAUGACUGAUACUUUUUUCUGGGUGGGACUUGGGAGUCAGAGCGGAGCUUCAAUAGUGUUUCAAAAAAUGGCGGACGCGAAGCUCGCUUUCGUCGCUCUUCUAGUCCUCUUCCCGCUCGCCCUCCUCGCGCUCUUGGCUCUGAUCGUCCGCCCGCGUCCCGUCAAGAUCCCGUUGAAGAACCGCCAUGUGUUCAUCACCGGCGGGUCGAGCGGGAUCGGGCUCGCACUCGCCCACAUGGCGGCGGCGGCGGAAGGUGCCCGGGUCUCCAUCCUGGCCCGAUCCCUCGACAAGCUGGAGGAGGCGAGGAACUCGAUCCGCCUCGCCACGGGGAUCGAGGCCGCGAUUUACGCGGCGGAUGUUAGGGAUUUCGACGCCGUGAAGAAGGCGGUGGAGGCCGCCGGCCCGAUCGACGUCCUGAUCGUGAACCAAGGGAUUUUCGUCCCCGGGGAGCUGGAGAAUCAGGAGUUGAGCGAGGUCCGGUUCAUGAUUGAUGUCAAUCUGAUGGGGAGCUUCAACGUCGUGAAAGCUGCUUUGCCGGGGAUGAAGAGCCGGUCCGACCGGAGGCCGGUCUCCAUCGCUCUAAUGUCGUCGCAGGCCGGCCAGGUGGGAGUUUAUGGAUACACAGCUUAUUCCGCUAGCAAAUUCGGGCUCCGGGGCAUGGCGGAAGCGCUUCAGCAUGAAGUCAUCGCCGAUGAUAUCCACGUCUCUCUAAUAUUCCCGCCGGACACUGAAACACCUGGUCUGGCUGAAGAAAGCAAAAAGAGGCCGCCGUUGACAAGCAUCAUCGCAGCAUCGUCUGGUGCAAUGAAAGCAGAGGAAGUUGCCAGGAAAUGCUUCGACGGGAUCAAGGUGGGAAGCUUCUUCGUGCCUUGCAACUUCGAGGGGGCGAUGCUGGCCAUUGCAACAGCUGGGUUAGCCCCGCAGAGAUCCUCGUUGAUGGCAUUUCUCGAGGUGACUCUCAUGGGUCUAAUGCGACUCGUAGCUCUGUUUUUCCAGUGGAAUUGGUACGGGAGCAUUGCAAAGUAUGCUAGCAAAAACAAAUGAUACAGUAAGUCUCAAAAUUGUACUCCGCAGCUAGCCCUUUAGUUGACUUGUUUUCUUCUGCUGGUAAUCCAUUUUCACAUCAUCAUAAUCGUAUUUGGGUUCUGAAAAAUGCCAGGGGAAAGAAAGUUUGGAACUUUGGUGCCUUGUCAGCCUUUCAGGCCUGAGCCUCAACAUUUGGAGAUGGACACUAUCCGUCGGAGCAUUGCUGCUGUUUCUCUGUUGUUUUUGGAGACUAUUGAUCCCAUUUCUGUCCAGGACAGACCAAGAACAAAUUCAGUUUUGUUUAGGGUUUGUAUACGGGGGAUAUUUCAGUUUGCGCUAGGGGUGUUUUGGUAGAGGAAUGUUCCUUCUGAUUUCGGGAAUAAUAGACCAUUUUUCUUGCGAGUUUGGUUUGGUUUAACUACAGAAGAGAAGAAGUAUUGAGUUUUUACUUAAUUUACUUGUGUUUCUCUGUAAAUUGUGAACUCUCAUAUCUCAAGUCCGGGCGAGGUUUAUAGACUAUUGUAUCCCAAGCCACAAAACGCACCAUUUCGCCUACGUUUCCUUCGCGAUCAAAGAUUGUUAGGUAGGCUGCGCACACUGUCAUCUGAUAGUUGGGAUCAGAUUUACCCUGAGCAUAGCUAGCCACUCUUCCCCUGUUUCCAUGUCCACUCUGUUAGCUACUAUCAACCAUCUAGCAAUUAUCUCUCCAAUUCAGCAUGCGGUGG